UUUGACAGAAGUAAGCCUGUACCACCGAACGUCUCAUGUUCCAGAAAUUUGCCGUUCCUGCGAUAACCUCAUGCUUCUGGAACGUCCAAGGUUUAUGCCCAGAUCUCUCAUUCCGCAGACGGCGACCACAGACAUCCAAGGAAAUGCGGACACAUGCGAACUCCUACCCUCGGAAUCUUUGGGUUCGGAGAGCUGAUAGGCGGUUGUGACCAGACACAGUCCAUGUUUCCGUUCCAACGUGCGCUGCUGGGGACUCAACAUCAAACCACACCUCAAUCAGGGCAUGACGGCCUGGGACGGCAACGAAACUGCGAUUGGGAGGCUGGAGAGGGAUUGGGAACCGACGUCUCCAUUUUGAUGGACCUGGAUGCUGCUACAUUCCCGUUGCUCGUCCCGUGCGCUGGCUCAACAGUCAAAGAUAUCGGCAAUUGCUGGUCGGAGGUCCGUUUCCUGGAGGAUUCAUGGCGGAUCGACGACGGACAUGAACGUUGGUUGACACGCAUAUUGCGUUUGAGUCGAACCGAUCGGGUGAUCGCGCCCUUCGUUUGGAGCAAUCGCUCAAUUCUCGAACGGCUACGUUGGGGAGGCUUCCCUGUUGCCCAUUGUCGAUUGUCUGUAUGUACGACGCUCGGUAACAUCUCGAAUCCUUGAGCAGCCCGGAAAAUAAGGGUCAAACAAGGUCAAGAGCACCGCGAACUGUUCCUGAAUCCAGACCUAAAUGAGUAGAAACUCGCCAAUCAUCCUGUUGUGCGACCCGAAUUGCAACGGCCCAAACAACCAAUUAUGGGUCUGAUUCAGGUUAAACAUCAUAUCCGUCGGCCACAUGGCACCCUAGCCGCCAUGUCGUGUCCGUGGUUGCGC